AUCUCUCAACCGUUACUUUGGCAUUGGCAACUCUCUCUCUCUCUCUCACGAACAAGGAGAUACACCAUAGUCGGACGAGUCGAGGCAGAAUCCUCCGUAAGACUCGGCAUCAGUUCAAAAGCUUACUGUUCAUUUGAUCCAUUCGCCGGAUUCGAAUCAUUCGGUCGAUCACUUGGCGGUUCGAGGAGAUGUUCGUCAAGAAGUUCGUCGAGAAGGCAACGAAGAAGCCUGGAGGAAGCUCGUCGGAAUGGCUGAGAGCCAAUGACGUUGAGCCACGUGUCGUCUUCCAAUAUGGGAUCCCGACCGGAUCUCACUUGUUUGCUUAUGAUCCGGUUCAGAAGAUUCUUGCAGUUUCCACCAGGGAUGGUAGAAUCAAACUGUUCGGGAAAGAUCAUUCGCAGGCAUUACUUGUGUCGGAAGAAGCAUCCUCAAGCAAGUUUCUCGAGUUUGUUCACAACCAAGGCAUUCUUCUCAAUGUCAAUGUCAAGAACCAGAUCGAGGUGUGGGACAUAGAAAGGAAGAUUGUGUCUCAUGUUCACGUUUUUAACGGGGAAAUCACAUCUUUUCGAGUUAUGCAGCGUACUCCUUACUUUUAUGUCGGAGAUGCCUCAGGUAAUGUUACAGUGCUGAGGCUUGAACAGGAUUCUGGUCAGGUCGUACAAAUGGAUUACACUAUACCUUAUCUGGCUUCCAAUGGAUCUCCUGUUGAAGCUCACGGCGACACUGCAGUGGUGAACAUUCUGUUGCAGCCAAUGGCAGAGGGCAAGAGGAUUCUGCUGGUGUUUGGAAAUGGAGUUAUAGCUCUGUGGGACAUUAGCGAAAGCAAGCCUAUUCUGAAGAUGGGAGGACACGGGAUCCAGUCGGUGCAGCAUCAAGAUGUGAAGAAAGCGACUAGCGCUUGCUGGGUUUGCCCUCACGAAAGCAGAGUUGCGGUUGGAUACAGUACCGGGGAUAUCCUUAUAUGGAGCAUUCCUUCGAAAGGUGAAUGCUCAUCAGAGAGUGGAACUCAGCCUUCUCCGAUUUGCAAGCUUAACCUCGGUUACAAGUCUGAGAAGAUUCCGAUAGCUUCUCUGAAAUGGGUCUAUGGAGAGGGAAAAGCCAGUAGGCUUUACUCCAUGGGUUUAUCCUCAAACCUGUUGCAGGUGGUUUUGCUGAAUGAUCACACGGAAACUCGUACGAUUAAACUGGGGCUUCAUGCAUCAGAGCCUUGUGCUGAUAUGGAGAUCAUAACGGAUGCCAACGAACAAAUCAAGCAUAAACAGGAAUACCUGCUUGUGAUUGGAAAGUCCGGGCGUGUCUAUGCUUAUGACGACUUUAUGAUCGAGAAGUAUCUAAUCAUAUCUCAAUCAAAGUCCCCACCUUCCCUCCCGGAGGAGAUAGCGGUUAAGAUGCCAUUUGCGGAAUCUAGCAUUACUACUGCCAUACUCCUCACAAACCCUCCACACAUACUGAAUCCUUCAGAUGAGGAUUAUGUCCAGCUGAUGAAAGAUGUGACCCCGCUUCUUCCUUUCCAGACAGUUCUGAAAGAAGGAACUCGUUCGAGCACUGCACACUUUCCCGGGUUCGCAAAGGUUAAGAACGUUUUCAUCACAGGGCACAGUGAUGGAACAAUCAGUAUCUGGGACAUGUCUUGUCCACUUCUCAUUCCUGUGCUGUCCCUGAAAGAGCAGACUGAACAAGAAAUCUCUUCACGAGGCACAGCAUUGACAGCUCUGCAUUAUGACAGCAACACCCGUCUUCUUGUUUCUGGAAAUCAGAAUGGAAUGGUUUGCUUAUAUAGAUUUAAGCCUGAGCCAUAUGCUACAGAGAACAGCUUCAUUCCCUUCCAAGGAAGUACAAAGAAAGGAAACAACCAUAUUGUCCAGAGCAUUAAGCAUAUAAAGCUUAAUGGCUCCAUAACCUGCCUGCAGAAAAGCCAAACCUCGAGACAUCUUGCUGUUGGAUCAGAUCAAGGACAUGUUUCUCUAGUUGACGUAGAGGAGUUAACCGUGUUAUACCAAAAACAUAUUGCAAGCGAUAUCUGCCCAGGAAUCAUCUCCUUGCAAUUUGAUAUUUGCAGUGUGCAAGGCUUCGAGAAGAACGUAUUGGUGGUCGCAAUGAGGGACUCUUCAGUGUUUGCUCUCGACAGUGACACGGGAAAUAUGAUGGGAGCUAACAUGAUUAAGCCUAAGAAACCAUUCAAGGCUCUGUUCAUGCAGAUCUUGGAUGGGAGGCAUGAUUCUACAGCAAAUGGUUCGGACCCAGUCGAGGAGAUUACGCCUCCUAAGCAGCCUUAUGUUUUGAUCUGUUCAGAGAAAGCUAUAUAUGUCUAUUCCUUGACUCAUUUUGUCCAGGGAGUGAAGAAGGUUCUUCAUAAGAAGAAAUUCAAUUCCUCCUCGUGUUGCUGGGCUUCUGUUUUCUGUGGUGCUUCCGGUGUUGGCCUCACGCUGGUUCUCGCUGAUGGCAUGGUUGAAAUAAGGUCAUUACCAGAGCUCACCCUACUAAAGCAAACAUCCAUUAGAGGCUUCACAUACGCCUCUCCUAAACCGAACUUGUUAUCCGAGACUACAGUAUGCGCUUCUUGGGACGGAGAUUUAGUCGUGGUGAACGGAGACCAGGAACUUGUAGUCGCCUCAGUUUUACCUAAAAAAGACACCUUUAGGCAUUUGGAGUCCAUCAGCCAAGUCUACAGGAAGGGCGUUGCUGCUGAUCGUGAAGAUAUUGUGUCUGUGGCUGUAAACCCCAAGGAAAAGAAGGGUAUAUUCGGCUCCGUCUUCGGGGGCAAAUCAAAGCGGACACUUGACACGGAAACAGAAGACACCAAGGAAAGCGUCGAGGAGCUGUCCAAAAUAUUCUCGACAGCUAAUUUCCCGUGGAACGUUGAGAAUCCAGAGAUCAAAGCAGCAGGACCAGUUGAGGAUGAGACAGAGCUGGACAUAGAUGAUAUCGACCUGGAGGAUCACACGGAGCAGCACAAAGAACAGGGAAUACUAUCUGGGCUGAACAAGCAGAAACUGGCGAACAAAUUCAACUCCUUCAAAGGGAAGCUGAAGCAGAUGAAGGGAAAGAACGAGAAGAGCGCAAGCAACGAAGAGAAAGCCAGCACGGUCGACCAAAUCAAGAAGAAAUACGGAUUCUCUUCAUCCGGGGAAGUGGGAGCUGCGAGGAUGGCGGAGAGCAAGCUACAAGACAACUUGAGAAAGCUGCAGGGGAUAAGCCUGAAAACCACGGAGAUGGAAGACACUGCCAAGUCAUUCUCCUCGACGGCGAAGGAGUUGUUGAAUGCUGUUGAGCACAGUAAUCAGGGUUCCAAACCCUAGCUCUUUAUGCCUGAUGAAUACGAGUUUUGUAUACCUGAUGACGAACACGUUUAGAUUAACCAAUGAAUAAACCAAAUAUGUGUUUGGUGGGGUUCAAGGUUUGGUCAAUA